CAGAGGCGGUAAUUACUACUUACGGAUCCCCAAAGACUGCCUACGUUUUGGCACGUAGACAGCACGUAUUUGCACGUACGGCGGGUUGUGCCCUUAGCUCCGGUUCACCUGGAGAGGGAAAGCGCCCGAGGGAGCGAACUGAAGCUUGCGCACAGAGAACGUAAAUAAAGGGAUAUAAACGUACAAUGCACGAAGAGAGCGAUCCUGAGGAAGAGAGACAACCCCUUCUUGGGGACGGAGGUUACGUCAAAGGUGGCGGCGGAAGGAGGAAACAACGGGCAGCAGUGAAGUUUGCAGACGGAAAGCCCAAACCAACGAUUGAAGACCUCCAGUGGGAGGUGGAGGAAGCUCAGAACAUCAUGCGAAGCAACGUCGAAAAACUCGUGAACGAGCGAGAAGAGAGGCUGGAAAAUGUCCUCGGAAGAUCGGAGAAACUGCAUGACGCCGCCGGCAGCUUUGCAAGGGUGUCCCGACGUGCUAGGGUCAGGAUAUGGUUGAGGUCCAACAAGUGGACAAUAUGCAUCAUCUGCACAGCAGUGGUUCUGAUACUUUGUGCGGUUGUCACUGUUAUUGUACUGAAGAGUAAGGGAGUCAUCUAGAUUCAGACUUAGCUUUUUUGAUUUCAGCGUUCCAGAAGAAAUUUUAGCUAUAUAUGUAAACGCCCAUACUAAGGCAAAU